ACUCUCUUUUCUCUCUCUAGAAUGCCUUCAGUUUGUCUCUCUCUCAUGUAAAGCACCCACCAUAUAAUGUAAAAGACAGUUCUACUCUUUCUAGGCUCCCUUUCUCUCUCUAAAAAAAAGUUUUAGUAUUCCCAUUCUUUGUCUCUCUAAAAUGUCCCAAAUUCUCUUUUAUCGGGCAAAUUCCCUGCUUUUCACAUUAUAGACUGCCUCCUAAAUCACCAUGUAGAGCUAAAGGUCCCAAACUCUCUCCCUUCUUCUCCUUGUCCUCUUUUUCUCUCUCUAAAACUCCCACCUCACCCUCCUCCACACACUCUCUCUCUUCCCUGCAACCCUGCCAUGGCGUCUCAUCAGAAAACCACUUUCCUCCUCCCUCGAAACCACCAUUCAAAAACCAUUCACCACACCAAAACUGAUUGUCCCUUCAACUGCGACUCUUGACUCCAAACCCCAAGUCCCCAACCUUCUUCAACCCCCUUCCAAUGGCAGUUUCUCUCUCUUCUUUCUCUCUCUUCCUCUUAACGUGGCUCUGCUUCUUCAAUGGAGGAGUAAAAUCAGACGUCAUGGCCUCUGAUAAGCACGCCCUCGUAAGCUUCAUCUCGAAUGUACCCCAUGAAUCCAGAGUUGAAUGGAACAAAACCCAGCCCAUUUGUUCAUGGGUUGGUAUAACCUGUGAUCAAAACCAGUCAAGGAUCUUCUCUCUAAGAUUGCCAGGAGUUGGCCUGGUGGGUCCGAUUCCGGCCAAUACAAUAGGGAGAUUAACGGAGCUCAGAGUCUUAAGCUUGCGGUCGAAUCGAUUAUCUGGCGAGAUUCCACCCGAUUUCGCCGGAUUAAAGAACCUCAGAAGCCUGUAUCUUCAGAACAAUGAGAUCUCUGGUGAGAUUCCCGCUGGUUUUUCAGGCCUAAAUCGUCUAACGCACUUAGACCUCUCCUUUAAUUCUCUCUCUGGUUCCAUUCCUUUCUCUCUCAACAAUCUAACGCUAUUAUUCGCUCUCCUCUUACAAAACAACUCGUUUUCUGGUCCAAUCCCAAGCCUUAAUCUGCCAGGUCUUAAUAGAUUUAAUCUCUCUCAUAAUCGCCUGAAUGGGUCCAUUCCCAUCAUUUUACAGAGGUUUCCUGCAUCUGCAUUUGAGGGAAAUCUUGAGCUUUGUGGUGAUCCGUUGCCUAAUCCUUGUAAGCCCUUUUUCGAGGCCCCAGCUCCAUCACCAGGGUUGAAUCCCAUGGUCAGGAAAAGAUCGAAGAGGCUUUCGACGGCUGGGAUUGUUCUCAUAGCCAUUGCAGCCUCUGUUCUUCUCUUCUUUUGCCUUCUCCUCCUGCUCUGUAUUUGCCGGAAAAGACGCCGGGUUCCCGCCAAAACCCAAAAACCGUCAGAGAGGGGGUUACCUGAAGCUGUUGCGUCCUCUUCCAAAGAUGAGUAUAUGAGUGGGAGCCAUGAAGGAGAGAGAAACAAGCUUGUUUUCUUUAAUGGGGGGCUCUAUAAUUUUGAUUUGGAGGACCUUUUGAGAGCUUCGGCCGAGGUUUUAGGGAAAGGAAGUGUAGGGACCUCUUAUAAAGCAGUUUUGGAAGAUGGAACAACAGUGGUGGUGAAGAGAUUGAAAGAUGUUGCAGUUGCCAAGAAAGAAUUUGAAUCGCAAAUGGAGGUUUUGGGGAAGAUUCAGCAUAGGAAUCUGCUUCCAUUAAGGGCUUUCUAUUUCUCCAAGGAUGAGAAGCUCCUGGUCUAUGAUUUCAUGGUGGCCGGGAGCUUGUCUGCGCUUUUGCAUGGAAGUCGAGGCUCUGGUCGGACUCCCCUCGAUUGGGAUGGGCGCAUGCGCAUCGCCAUGGGUGCGGCUCGCGGCCUGGCACACCUCCACACAAAUGCCCGCCUCCCUCACGGAAACAUAAAGUCAUCGAAUGUCCUUCUCACCCCCACACAUGACCCAUGUGUUGCUGACUUUGGCCUCAAUCCCCUCUUCGCACCCUCUUCAACUGGGGCCCAUCGGAUUGCCGGAUACCGAGCGCCUGAGCUCAUAGAAACUCGAAAACCAUCGUUCAAAUCCGAUAUAUACAGCUUCGGUGUCCUCUUAUUGGAAUUACUUACAGGGAAGGCUCCAAACCAGGCGGCUCUAAACGAUGAGGGGAUCGAUUUACCGAGAUGGGUUCAGAGUGUAGUGAGAGAAGAAUGGACGGCUGAGGUUUUCGAUGUGGAAUUGAUGAGAGGAGGGGGAGGAGGAGAGGUUGAGGAGGAGAUGGUUCAGGUAUUGCAGGUGGCCAUGGCAUGCGUUGGAGGGGUGCCUGAUCAGAGGCCUGGGAUCAGUGAAGUGCUCAGAAUGUUGGAGGAGGUGAGGGGGAAUGACACUGAUGAUGUGAGGGGGUCUUCGGAGGAGAGGUCGAAAGAAUCGGGUGGGCACACACCGCCAGAGGUUACUAGGGUGGCCACGCCAUGAUCUUCUUCUUGAAUUGCUUGCAUUCUUUUCGGGUUUCUCUCUCGACAUUUUCCUCUCUGUUUGGGUGGGUUAAACCAGAAUUUGAAACUUAGGUAUAGGAGACAUUAGUGGUGUGGAUGUUACCCUGCAACACACGAGUUUGGGUUUUGAAAUUUUGAAAUGUGUCAUUGGGUAGUUGGAAUUUCAACCCUGGACUCUCUUUCAGUCUCUCUAGCUGGUACAUGAACGCCGGGAUGAAUUGGGCAAAGCUCUUUUUCCUCUUUUGAGUUUGGGGUCCUACCAAGGGACUUGGACUUCGUCAAUUUGUCACUCUUUCUCUCUCUUCCUGUCUUUCUCUGUUCCUCUGUCUUUCUCUCUCCCUGGAGAAUUAUUUGGGGUAUAGAUUUGUUUAAUUGUGUGGUUUUGGAAUUGCAUUCUUUUCUUCUGCACUCUGUACAGUGGAACACUCUGUACAGUUUGAUGCAGAGUUCUUUUCUUCAUUCUGUUCUGAAUUUUAUUUUUGUCAUGGCUGUCAAGGGACCAAGAAAAAAAAUGCCUUUUAAUGGUGAGAAAUAUUUAUUUUUCUCCCUGUUGCAUACAUACCCCUGGUUAUCUCAUUGUUUCCAUUCGGUUGAAUGCGAUAAAAUUGGCCCCAAUAUUGUUGAAUUACAA